AUGCUAGCUUGUGACGAGAUAAUCUUAGAGAUUUCCCGAGUGCAAAACUUGGGUCUCGCCUCCGUCACUUUCGCUCUGCCAUCCGCUCGCGGACCAAGGAAACAUUUGAAACGGCUCAAUGCACCGAAACACUGGAUGCUGGAUAAACUCACGGGAACUUAUGCUCCCAGGCCUUCACCCGGUCCCCAUAAGUUACGUGAGUGUCUACCACUCGUUAUCUUCCUGAGAAACCGUCUCAAAUAUGCCCUUAACUCCAAGGAAGUUACAAACAUUCUGAUGCAACGCCUUGUGAAGGUCGAUCACAAAGUACGAACCGAUAACACAUUCCCUGCCGGCUUCAUGGACGUCAUCUCCAUUGAAAGUAUCGGUGAAAAUUUCCGACUUAUCUAUGACACCAAAGGCCGAUUUACAAUUCACCGAAUCACCACAGAAGAAGCCAAGUACAAGUUAGCAAAAGUCAAGAAGAUGCAAGUAGGCGCCAAGAAGGUUCCAUAUAUUGUGACUCACGACGGUCGCACAAUUCGUUAUCCUGAUCCUCUCAUCAAAAUUAACGACACGAUUAAAAUUGAUCUUGAGACUGGCAAAAUUACAGACUUCAUCAAGUUCGAAGCCGGGAACAUCGUUAUGGUCACCGGUGGACGCAACAUGGGACGUGUUGGUACAAUCACUCAUCGGGAACGACAUCCUGGCGGUUUCGAUAUUGUUCAUGUUAAGGAUUCUCGUGAAAGGCAAUUUGCCACUCGUCUCACUAAUAUCUUUAUGAUUGGUCAGGGCAACAAACCUUGGAUUUCAUUACCUAAGGGCAAGGGAGUCAAGCUCACCAUUGCCGAAGAGCGUGACAGACGCCGUGAGAAGCAUCAUGAAUAA